AUGUCCCUCCUCGCCCUACCCAUCGAACUCCUACUCCAAAUCCCCACUUACCUCCCCGGCGCCUCCGUCUGCGCCCUAGCCCGCACCUCUCGCCGCUUCUGCGCCCUCUUCACCCCAUCUCUCAAAAGGUUCAUCCCCCCAGACCGCACCUUUACCCACGCUGGGGCAACAAUCUCCUGCACCCUCCACUGGUCUGUCCUCCGUGGCCACCUCGGCCUCUUCAAGCUUCUCAUUGUAGACUAUUGCCCACCUUGCCGCCGUCAUGAAGCUACAACCCCGCUCCUGCAUCUUGCCGCCUUCGGCGGUAACGUCGGCAUCCUCACAUACUUCCUCGACCACCCUGACUUCGCCGACGAGCUCAACAAGCGCGAGGAUAGCGCAGAUGGAUGCAGGCCAUUACACUUUGCCGUUCUCGGCGGCCAUGAGGAUGCCGCGCGUUUCCUGAUUGAGAGGGGCGCAGACGUAAACGGACUUGACGGGCGGUCGUUCCCUCCGUUACUAGCAUCGAGCUCACGGCUAGCAAACACGCACUGGAAUCCACGGGUAUUUGAGCUACUUAUUAACCAUGGCGCUCAUAUCAAUAGCCGCUACGGCGAGUUGGGGACCACAGCACUCCACGAUGCUGUGCUGCGGCGAAAUCUCGACAUGUUGGCUAUAUUACUGGAUCGUAAAGCAUCGGUGACAAUUAGGAGAUAUAGUGGGGAUACUGCGCUAGAGCUAGCCCUGUAUAGGGAGGAUGCAGAGGUUGUUAAGUUCCUGCAGAAGCGCAGGCUAGUGGGAAAGCUGGAUGGCAAGUUUUAUGAUGAGAGGCCGCCGGUACAAGUAGGUUUUAGGGGCGGGGUGGAGUAUUGGCGGUUGGCGUGCGGGAAAGGGUGGAGAAAUAAGGUGAGGGCUGUGGCGAAGGCUUUGGUGGAGAGUAAUCCACAUGCGGGCCAGUGGGAGCUGAUGGAGCAUGAUGCGAAGGCGAAGGCGAGAAUUGCGAGAAAGUCGAAGGCUAUCAAGGCCUAA